AUGUACGUCUUUGUCGCUUUCCCAUCUUUCUUUACCAAAUCCCCGAGUGCCCUCCCACUCACCCACCACCACACUGGCCCCUCGAUCCCGUCUCUCCGGCCCAGCCGCCACAACGGCUCCUCGCCCUUUCAUCGUCUCUCCCCCCACCUCCGACGCCCACAACACCAACCUCACCCUCCUCACCCCCCCAUCCCCAACAAUGUCUCACCACUCCGCCGGCGGCCCCAUCCCCAUCCGCACCGCCAACCCCCCCCCCGCCAACCCGACACCGCCUCCCUCCCUCUCCGGGCUUUAAUCUCCAAACUCACCUCCCUAACCUCAACCUCCCACUCCCUCUGCCACACCAUCCGCUCCACCCGCCGCCUCUCCCCCUCUGGCACCGCAACCACCACCCUCGCCGCUCUCGAGUCCUCCCUCGCCGACGCCCUCCCGCGCCUCUCAAACCUCUACGCCUCCCUCCGCGCCACGCACGGCAAGCCCCUCGAUAUCGCCGACGCACCGUCCCUCGCCGCCCUCGACGCAGCAGUCAACACCCUGAAUAAGCACGUCAAAGCGCGGCUGGCUAACAUCGCCGAUUCGCGCGCGGGCUCAAAGUCAAAAUCGGGAUUCAAGGAGAUCGGGACUACAUUCAACGCCGUCAUCGACUCGGCUGAAGACGCACUCACUGCGCUCUCCGGCCGUCUCUCCGCCGCCUCCGCCCCUGCCCCAGCACCCCGCCCCGAAGCCGCACCGAUCCAAGAAGCCCCGCAUAGACCGCACAGGGUCUCGAGGACGCGCGAGAGCGAGCCCCCGCGCGUGCUGGAGAGGGGGGAGAUUGCGAUUACGUACCGGCAGUUUGAGAGGAUGGAUGCGGUGAUGCAAUCUUGCUGGACUGAGGAGGCGGCGGAGGGGGGGAGACGCUUCAGGAAUGUGGCGGAUCCGUCGAGGGUUGUUUAUGGGGUUGUGCCUGAGGGGGGGUUUGUGAGGGUGCUUUGAGUGUCUCGGACGUGGGAGUGGGGUUUGAUUCUUUCUGAUUUAGCGAUGGCGAUGGGGAUGGUACGAUAUGAUGCGAUGGGGACAUGUUUGAUGCUUUUUUUACUUUCCUUUGUUUGGAUUAUGGGGGACGCAUGGAUCCUGGAGGUUCUACAUCGGGAUUUCCUUGGUUGUUGUCAUCAUUAUUAGCAUUAUCCUCCGCAUACGUGCGUUGAGGUCCCCUCGGUGGGAGGGAGAACAGAACAGGACAGACGAAGAUAGUCUGGGACUUUUCCACCCACGAGUUGGGUGGAAUAUCAAUAGUAAUAUGUUUUUUUUUUGGAUACAACA